AUGAACAACGAGAGCAAAAGCUGCCAAUCUGGGAAGAAUGGAAAAAGGGGCCGUGAAGAAGGAGAUAGUUCUACUGCUACUGACAGGUUAAGCCAUCUUCCAGAAGCCAUUAUUUAUCAUAUCCUUUCGUUUCUCGACACCAAAUCCGUCGUUCAGACAUCAGUAUUGUCACGAGUUUGGCAAUCGGAACAUGUCCCUGUCCUCAAUUUUCGUAGUGCUUCCUUCCAAGAUUAUUCGAGCUUUCAAAGGUAUGUGGACAAUGUUUUGUCCCACCGUGGUCCCUAUAAUGUCAGCAAGAUCAGCUACAUUGACAAUGAACGCAGCAAGGGGCUAGCUUUUGGUUUAUUUGGCAAGGUCGUCCAGGGCGAAAAGAGCCUUAGGAUAUUUGGACCUCAACUGCUUAGCCUGAAAUUGAAAGAUCUGUUGUGUUACAAGAUGGAGAUAGUUGCACCGAGGCUCAAAUUUUUUAGACUGCUGCAUGACUUGGAGUCCCUGGUAUUCUCCAAGUUAAGCGUUCCUUGCCUUGGCCAUGUUGUUUUCUUGGUCAAUGACGAGGAUGGGUUUAUGGAGGAGGACCAGAAAGGCGCAGCACAACAUUUAGUCUCUUUUUUCCAAGGUUUGAAUAAUGCAACAUCUCUCGCGCUGAAUUCCUACACCAUUGAGGUACUGAGCAAUAUUUCUGAGGUUCUGGAACAACAACCCUCUCCCUUUACGAGAAUGAAGUCUUUUAUCGUGUAUGCUGACAGCAUACCUUACAUGCUGGCCAAUUACUUUCUUAAAGGGUCUUCUAUCAUGAAACCAAAUGUUGAGUUUAUGUGA